UCUUGUGUACACUUGGUCCGUUUCUGCUCGCGAGCCAGCGGUGAAGUGGGAGACAACAUGGCGCCUGGUGUAGCGUUAGCGUCUGGACCUGCCGUCGUCUAACACCUGCGAUCCGGCAGGAUGAACCUCUGCGCUCAGUAUUUACGGCAGGCGGAGACCCUGAAGGCUGAUAUGACAGAUUCUAAGCUAGGUGCUGCAGAGGUCUGGACAUCACGACAGGCUCUUCAGGACCUGUACCAGAAAAUGCUGGUGACAGACCUGGAGUAUGCUUUGGACAAGAAAGUUGAACAAGACCUCUGGAACCAUGCUUUUAAAAAUCAGAUAACAACACUACAGAGCCAGGCCAAGAACAGGGCUAACCCCAACCGAAGUGAAGUCCAGGCUAACCUCUCUCUGUUCCUCGAGGCAGCCAGUGGAUUCUACACUCAGUUACUGCAAGAGCUGUGUACAGUGUUCAAUGUGGAUUUGCCUUGUCGUGUGAAGUCAUCUCAGCUUGGCAUCAUUAGCAAUAAACAGAGCAGCACCAGUGCCAUAGUCAAGCCCCAGCCCAGUUCAUGCUCCUAUAUCUGCCAGCACUGUCUUGUCCACCUGGGGGACAUUGCACGUUAUCGCAACCAGACCAGCCAAGCGGAGUCUUAUUACAGGCAUGCAGCUCAGCUCGUCCCCUCAAACGGUCAACCCUACAACCAGCUGGCCAUCUUGGCCUCCUCCAAAGGAGACCAUCUCACCACAAUCUUCUACUACUGCAGAAGCAUCGCUGUCAAGUUUCCUUUUCCAGCUGCCUCCACUAACCUACAGAAAGCUCUCUCCAAGGCCCUUGAGAGCCGUGAUGAGAUCAAAACGAAAUGGACCGUGUCGGAUUUCAUUAAGGCCUUCAUCAAGUUCCAUGGUCAUGUUUACCUCAGCAAAAGCCUGGAGAAGCUGAGCGCCCUGCGUGAGAAGCUGGAGGAGCAGUUUCAGAGGCUGAUUCUGCAAAAAGCCUUCAGCUCUCAACAGCUGGUCCACAUCACAGUCAUCAACCUGUUUGAGCUCCACCAUCUUCGGGAUUUCAGCAACGAGCCUGAUGGCCAGAGCAUCAGCUCAGACGAGCAGAUCAGUUGGCUGCAGCUCCUUGGUCUCUUCAUGUCCUUCCUGGGUGGGAUGUGUAGCCGAGCCUUACUGAAUAAGAACCAAGAGGAGACCAGGGGGGAGUGUCCCCUCCCUGCCAUCAAAGUGUCCCUGGACUGGCUGAGGUUACGACCUGGGGUCUUCACCGAGAGCGCUGUUGACCAGAGACAGUAUAUUUGGCCGUGGCUGGUGUCCGUUCUAAACAGCUUCCAGCCCAAGGAGGAAGAUGUGUCAAAUCCAUCAGCGACUCCACUCCCAGAAGAGUUUGAGCUCCAGGGCUUUCUGGCACUCCGGCCAGCCUUGAGGUUGCUGGACUUUUCCAUGGGUCACCAGGGCAUUGUGGUGGGCAAGGAAAGCCUCACUGUCCUCGCUCGUCACCAGAGGCUGAUCAACUUGGGCAAGUGGGUGGCAGACAACCAGCCUGGUCUCAUCCAGUGUCGCUUCAGUGACGGCCUGAUCGUCUUCCUCACCGACAUCCCUGAGCUGGUGGUGGAGGAGCCGCAAGAGAAGGACCCCGCCGUGCUGCAAGAGUCGUCCAAUGGUGAGCAGAACCCCCACGAGGGCUCUCUGGGCCUUAAGUCCGUGCUUUCCAUGGGGAAGAGCCAGAACAGCAGCAUGGAUGCGGGCGAGAGGCCCGUGGUCACCUUUAAGGAGAACAUCAAGCCCCGCGAACAAAGCCGAGAACACAGCCGCGGCCAGCCUCAGCGGGACGGUGGAAAGGAGCGGGCCGGCUUCGGCAAAGGCACCGGAGCGCCCGCGAAGAGCGAGCCAAAGAAAGAGGGCAAGAGGAAGAGCGAAGCCAAGAAGAACUGCCACGAGAAAGCGGCCGAUGCCGGCAAGCAGGUGAAGACCCAGUCUGAAAUGAGGAAGACUCCAGUGUCGGAAGCGAGGAAAACGCCCGUCACCCAGACUCAGACGACCUGUUCGUCACAGUUCAUCCCCAUACAUCACCCAGGCGCUUUCCCGCCCCUCCCCAGCAGACCAGGGUUCCCCCCACCAGCAUACGUGAUCCCACCCCCUGUCGCUUUCUCCAUGAACCCCGGCUUCACCUUCCCCGCUGGCGUGUCUGUUCCCACACCCUUCCUACAACCAGCUUCCCACCCUCAGUCUGCCAGCCAGGUGCAGUCGGGGAAGCCCUCGCACAUCCCCUACAGCCAGCAGAGGCCCUCUGGGCCAGGGGCCCUCACCCAGGGCCCAGCCCAAACCCCACCCCAAGCCCCGCCCCAGCAGACCCAGCCGCCGCCUACGCAGCCCUCCAAACAAAACCUGCAGCAGACUGUGCAGCUACAGGUGCAGCAAUCUCCCACCAAGCAGAGCUCUCAGCUGGGCAAGAGCCCCCCGCACCUCUCCGGCCUGCAGCAGACCUACAUGCCGGUGUCCGAGCCGGCGGGCCAGAUGUGGAGCCAGCACCACGCUCCGCCCUCAAUGCCCAAGAUGCCCAUGCCAGUCAAGCAGCCCUUCUUCAUGUCUGGCCCAGACCACAUGAAGCUCUUUGACCACUCGAUGCCUACAGCAGUGCCCAUGCAGGCUCCGCAGGCCACCAUGGACAAGAAACUCAAUUUUCCAGAGGUCAAAAUGCAGGAUUUCUACUGGGAGGCGCCGUACCGUAUGGGCGAGGGCAGGGGAGGCAUGAAUGAGAGGAUGGCCAAACAUCAGCCUGCUGUGUUCUGCCCCGACCAGGAGACCACGCCCAGAGGCCCCCCCUAUGAGGACAACAAGAGCUCUCCUCUUCUUCCUCCAGACCUGUUAAAAACUCUGGCAGACUUUGAGGAGGAGGAGGAGCUGGGCUUUUCUAGGUCUCAUGAUUUCUACCAGGCCUUGGCCGGCCCUCUUAACUCUGCUUCUGGAAGGAACCUGUUUUUAUCAAACCAGUCUAGGCUGGACAGUGAGGUGAUGGGUCAGCCUUCCCUGCACCAUCGCUCUGUUUUUCCGGUGCAGGACAGUGCCUACCAAAACAACAGCAUCUUCAGCGAGGCUUACGGCAAAAACAUGGCCCCCGCUGCCAAGCCGGACGUUCCCAUGAUGCACCAGGAACCUUCGCUAUACUCCCUGUUUGAAGGGACACCCUGGUCUCCCUCACUCCCAGCCACCUCAGACCACUCGACCCCAGCCAGCCAGUCACCGCACUCGUCCAACCCGAGCAGUCUGCCGUCGUCUCCGCCCACCCACAGCCACGGCACUCUGCCCUUCUCCAACUUCGGCCCUAUCGGCACGCCUGACAGCCGUGAGCGACGAGCCGCAGACCGCUGGAAGCCCGAGAAGACUGGUGUGAGUGGUUUUGGGUUAGACUACCUGCCCACUGGCCCCACCUCCUCUGCUCCUGAGACGAGCAGCUGGAACCAGGGCCCCGCCCCCAACAGCUGGGCAGUUCAGGACAUACCUAUGGAGGACGCCUCCAGCGUUCUCCUCGACAGCUUCAAGUCAAUCUGGUCGAGCUCGAUGAUGCAGCCAGGGCCGUCUGCACUGGAGCAGCUCCUCAUGCAGCAGAAACAGAAGCAGCAACGCGGCCACAGGGCCAUGAACCCGCCGCACUGAGCGCCUACGCCCGCGCGCCCUGCGCUGUCUGAAAACCACGCCCAACAGGAGGAGGAGGUGCUCAACCACCAGCUCCAAUCGGAAAAAAAGUUUUCUUUUUCCGGCAUUACCUGCGUGUGGAGGCUGGAGACAACGGCCGACCUGGACCGACCGGCUCCAAAACGGCCGAUCGCCUGACCGACGAGGAAGGUGCAGACCUUUCCUCUGUCUCCUCCUCUCCCUCUCUCUGUCUCUCUCUCGCUCUGUCUCUCUCUCUGCGCCUGUGUGGCCAGGGGGUGUGAGAGCCAGCGACCCACUGCGCUGCUCAGCACUGGGUGGCUACUGCCCUGUCUCUCGCAGGGCGACUCCGAGGAGACUUCCUCUCUGAUCCCCCUCCCUGCUUCCCCAGGAGCCCAGACACACUUGUCCUGGACUCCGUGACUCUAGACUCUGGACUGGACCCUAUCGAAUCCAUCUGCUUUUCUCCACUCUGUGCGACACACGCACAACAUGAGGGACGGGACGGGGGCGUGUGGCUGUGUGUGAAGAAGGGAAAGAUUUAUGCAGAGGUUGAAGUGGCAUUGUAAUGGGCUAAUCAACAGAAGGACUGACAUUUCUGAAGUCUGAAUGAAUUUACUUGAAGGAAGGGUUCGUGUAGCUAGGGAGGGUGUUAAUACCAGAUAGUUGGUUCUGUAUUCACUGCAGAUGAUGUAAUGAGUGUACCUCUGAACACACCGCACACGGAUCAUAGGACGUAGUUUGACACAGUCAUGAAUUAUAGGCUCUCUGUAUGAUCUGGUCUGCUAAUUUCUUGGAAGUGUUUUUGUUUGUUACGGGUGGGGUGGGACAAGCCACGUCGGCCUCUUCUAGAAGAGAGAACUGCUAUAAAUCACACCAUGAAAUUAUAGCUUAACAAGAAUUAAAUGGAGGUAGGCCUUAGACUAUAGGUAAUAGGGUGUAGUAUCAUUAGCUGCAAUAGAAAUUGCAUUUAACAAUACUGUAUUUUGUGACUUGUUAUGUAGCAGUUUUAGCUUUCUGAGAUAUUAUUGGAUUAAUAUGUUCAAUAGUUUACUGCUAAAAAGUGGGAGAACUUUAUAUAUUGUAGCCCUCCCCAGACCUACUAGCCCCGCCCACGCCCACCCCCCGCCAAACACUUACUUGCAUACUAGUUCUAUUGGUUCAUGUUGGUUCUGCCUUUUUGGUAGUUUAAAUGGAUUUACUAGCUUUCUUUGUGCCUGGUCAGUGUUCUGUUUUCUCUUUUUUCCUCUCUUCUUUUUCUUUUCUUUUCUUUUGAAAAGACUCCCCACCACGGCCACAGCUGGCGCGGUCUCUAAGGUGAAUGCUGCUGAGACAGGCCCAGUUUCAGUGCUGGAGGUUCAGCGGCGUGGAGUGGGUGAUCCCUCCGCCACUGUACUGUUCUCCCAUGGUGAGAACUCUCCUAUAGCCACUCAGUUCUGGGAUCAGAGAAAACUAGUUAUAGCCUCUCUAGAUACUUUACUGUACUCUUGUACCUUAAAGAGUGACCUGUUAUUUCUUCAGCUAUCACUGUCAAACAGUAGAAAUGCUUUUUGCGCUAUUAGAUGUAGGUACUGCUGCCCGUUGACUUUUGUCCUGAUAAUCACCUGCCUGGCCAAUGGUGCAUUUUGACAUAGACGUCCGCUGCUGUUUGCUCCCUUAGGUUAACACUGGCCCUGGACAAACCCUAGAUGUAUAGGCAGGAGCUCAUGUAUUGGGCAAUCCUACCAAUGCUCUCAAAGCCUUCCUGGGUUUCGGUUGUCUGGUCAGCCUCCGAUGUCUGGGGAGGGAGGAAUUUUGUGAGGUUUUUUUGUUUUGUUUUUGUUUUUGUUUUGUUUUGUUUUUGAUUUUUUUUUUUUUCCCCCCCUGUAAAAUCUGCUGAGAUUUUUAAAAUCUAAGAUAUGCAGCUAUGGGGAAUGUUAAGAGCAUGGGUUUCUGGUGAUUAUCGCUUUCUGCCUCUGUUUAUUAGGGUCGGUUCUAGGCCAGGGGUCAGUGUUGGAGAAACUUGGAUGUUGAUGAUGAAUACGUUCAGUGGAUGUUUUUUCAUGUCCAUAAUGCAGGCGUAUUUUUGGAUGGAAAGUUUGAGUGGCAGGUCCUGAAAAGAGGGAAAAGCAUAUUUUUAUUUUCAUGUAGAGAACGUUUUAUUGAAGACAACUGUAAAUGAUGUCUAUUUGCCGUGUGAUUGUGCUCCUUGUUGCAUUUAAAAGUGUAUUUAAAAAAAAAAGAUUUACAAAAGAGGCAUAAUGAAAUAAAAUAAGCUGAACUUUAAGGGAAAAAUUAGAUAAUAAAGUAUCAAAAGAACCAAGCCCAGUAGGGAGAACCAUUUGCUAUAAUUAUUGUUUGGCUCUUCUUUUUAUUACUUGUAUUCCUGGUUUCAUAAACAGCGUUCUGGUUUGGUUGUCGUGGAAGCCCGUCAUUGUUGCAUUUGAAUGGGUUGAGAGAUGCUAUGUAAUCUUGUCUGAACGUUCUCCUUUAGAAACCCUGCUAAUCACUGCAUUUUAAAUGUGGACGAUCAUAUCCUGCCCCUUUUUUGAUUGUAGAUGUGUCUCCCUCUAGUGACGUGAUUUAAAAGUUACUGAGAACAACCUCUGCGCCUUUGGGCAGUAAUAACAUUCCAAUAGAGAAGUUAAAGAAACGGACAGCUUUUUCGAGCACAGGGAAGGCCGACACCGAGCGAAUGUGACCAUGCCCCUUGUAUGAGAAUCUGUUUGGAAAUUGUGCAUGAAAAAAAUUUAAUUGCCUUGUGUAUUUAGGGCGAAGGAGAUAUCCAGUGACGUCUUUCAGAGGAUUUUGCAAGAGGGUUAGGUUGGGUGAAGAUGUCUCCUUCUGUAAUGGGCUUGGUUUAUUGUUUUUGUCUCUCUGUGGACAUUCAGAAAUGCUGAAAUCAGCCAUGCCUUUAAUAAAGUAAACCAUGUCCUCUUAAA